UUCUGUUUAUAUUUUAUAUUCCAUAUUUUAUUGACUUUCAUUUGAUUUGUUGAUACACACUAAAAUGAGCUUAAAAUUAUUUUACGAUUUAUUAUCACAGCCAUCUAGAGCUCUAUACAUAUUAUUCAAAGUGAAUAAAAUACCCUUUGAGGCUCGUCCUGUGAAUUUACGUGAAGGUGAGCACUUUUCUGAAGAUUUCAAGCAGAAUUUCAAUAGGUUCCAAAAAGUUCCUUUCAUACAUGAUAAAGAUUUUAUUCUUAGUGAGAGUGUGGCUAUAGUUAGAUACAUAUCGAGAGAGUAUGGACUUAGCGAAGAAUUGUAUCCGAAAGAUAGUAAACAACAAGCACUUGUUGAUGAAUAUUUGGAAUGGCAGCAUAAUAAUACAAGACUCUAUUGUGCUAUGUAUACUUAUGAGAAGGUAUUUAUGCCAAUGUUAACUGGUCAGGAACCAGAUCAAAAAAUAAUAACUAGAUAUGCAAAAGGAAUUAAAAAAACUAUGGACAGUAUUGAAAACUUAUGGUUAAGGGAAAAUAAAUUCAUAUGUGGUAAUAAAGUGACGGUAGCCGAUUUAUUUGCUGCUUGUGAAAUUGAACAACCACGGAUUACUGGAUUGAAUCCUGUAGCAGGAAGACCAAAACUGGAAGAAUGGUUGAAUACAAUCAGAAAAGAGUUCGAUCCAUUUUAUUCAGAAGCACAUCAAAUUUUGAACAAGCUCUCUUCAAAGAAUGAGAAAGCUAAAUUAUAAAAUGAUUUGUUAUUUCUGUAGUGUCAAGGGAAUUUUUAAAAGUGCAAUAAUAUUAUACAAGGGUUGAUUUGAUAUACUUUAUAAUGAUAAUUAUGUUUUUGUGAUUACAUUUUAUAAUAAAGUUUUGAAAAUUU